UAUCAUAUGUACAGGAAACUAACAGAUGAGGUAUUAGGGUUUGGGGGCGAACGAGGCGGCUCAGUUUCCCUUGAAUUGGAGAGGCUCCGUCGUGAUUAUCCUCUUUGGGUUUGCUCCACUGCCAAUUCUGCUGCGCAUCGCAUCGUCCCUCCAUCAUGGGCGCGUACAAGUACAUUGAGGAGCUAUGGCGGAAGAAGCAGUCCGACGUGCUGCGUUUCUUGCUUCGUGUGCGCUGCUGGGAGUACAGACAACUACCCGGCAUUGUACGUGUCACUCGUCCUUCUCGCCCUGACAAGGCUCGACGCCUGGGAUACAAGGCGAAACAGGGUUACGUGGUGUAUCGCGUCCGCGUACGCCGCGGGGGUAGGAAGAGGCCUGUUGCCAAGGGUAUUGUGUAUGGAAAACCUAAGAACCAGGGUAUCACACAGCUCAAGUUCCAGCGUAACCUGCGAUCAGUUGCUGAGGAGCGUGCAGGUAGGAAGCUUGGUGGCCUCAGGGUCCUCAACUCUUAUUGGAUCAACCAGGACUCAACUUACAAGUACUUUGAGAUCAUUCUGGUGGAUCCUCAACAUACUGUAAUCCGCAAGGACCCAAGGAUCAACUGGAUUGUGAACCCUGUUCACAAGCAUCGUGAGCUGCGCGGACUUACUUCUGCUGGAAAGAAGUACCGUGGUCUCCGCGGCAGAGGUCAUUUGUAUACCAAGGCUCGUCCUUCAAUUCGGGCUACAUGGAAGCGCAACAAUACCCUUUCUCUCAAGCGUUACCGAUAAACUGCUUAGACUUAGGCGUAUGCUGCGUGUUCUCCUCUGGGCUUGUAGUGCGUGUGUUUUAUAUAAGGAAUUUUUACGAAUUCGGUAGAAUCCUCACUUGUUCAGAGCAGAAUGCUUUUUCGACUUUCAUUUAAUUGUAUUUGGUUAAUUGUGUCGGUAUGCAUUCUGAUAUGA